AUGGAGAACGUGCCAAGCUCGUGGAACGCAAUGCAUUUGCAUGGUUCAGACACAUUCAAUGCCACCCGAAUUAACGACUGGCAGCAUACAAUUGUCACCACACUGCUCCUUGCUACUGGCUAUCCCAAAGUUUCUGAGAACCAUUCCCCCGAGCCCCCGAUAGGCUCGGUCCCGCCAAAAUAUCUAGACGUCGACGAGCUCAUUCGGCGGCAAAAACAUUUAUAUCUAUACUCUUUCUUCAAUGAAGGACUGGACAAGGCGAAUCUCAAAGCUCUACAAGAUCCCUUGAUUAAUUUUGCGGGCCGCCAAUGGUCGAGCAAUCUCAUAGCUUUGCGACUAGAUCUAAUGCGAAUUUGUGACAUAUGGUCCCACGUCCUGAGCAGGAAAUUGGAGAGCAAACUAAGAACGAGCCAAUGGAGGUUGAACACGGUUGUUGAUCACUGGUGGGGAGGGUGGGGUGGGUCUCAGAAGAAGACUGGGUCUGGACUGAACAGUACGACUAUGCUGCCAAACGAAAUCAGUCCCUCAGAGCAAAUUUUCUGA